AAAUAAGAGAAGAGAAGAGAACUAUAUAAAGGAGAAGAAGAACCCAACAUAUAUAUAAAGAAUAAAAAUAAAUAAAACUUCACUAUAAAAUUACAAAAAAAAAGGGCAAUAUGGAUUAUCGAGUUCUUUCAUCUCUAUCAAAAUCGUUGACACCCUUCUCUCUCCUUAUGUUGUUAUAUAUUUUCCCGGCGGCUGAGACGGCAACGGCGACCACCGCAAAGGCUUUUAACCUCUCCACCAUCACAUUCGAAGAAGGAUAUUCCCCUCUUUUUAGUGAUUUCAAUAUCGAACGAUCUCCUGAUGAUACAAGCUUUCGUCUCCUCCUUAAUCGUUUCUCUGGGUCUGGUGUAAUUUCGACAGAAUAUUACAAUUAUGGAUUUUUUAGCGCUAGUAUUAAGCUGCCAGCCAUAUAUACUGCCGGCAUCGUUGUCGCAUUUUAUACGUCAAAUGUGGACACAUUUGAGAAGAAUCAUGACGAGUUAGACAUCGAGUUUCUGGGGAAUGUGAACGGGCAGCCAUGGAGAUUUCAGACCAACUUGUAUGGAAAUGGGAGCGUAAGCCGUGGGAGAGAAGAGAGGUAUAGAAUGUGGUUUGAUCCUAGCAACGACUUCCAUCACUACAGCAUUCUUUGGACCCCCAAAAAUAUCAUAUUCUACGUUGAUGAGACACCAAUAAGAGAAGUAAAUCGUAAUCCAGCAAUGGGAGGGGACUUUCCAUCAAAACCAAUGUCCUUAUAUGCCACAAUUUGGGAUGCAUCUUCUUGGGCUACAAAUGGCGGCAAGGCUAAAGUUGACUACAAACAUGAACCUUUUGCAACUGAGUUCAAAGACUUGGUUCUUGAAGGCUGUAUAGUAGAUCCCAUUGAGCAAAUUUCAUCUACAAAUUGCACUGAUAGAAUUGCCAGACUGCUUUCUCAAAACUACUCUAUCAUGACACCCGAAAGGCGAAAAUCAAUGAAAUGGUUUAGAGAAAGAUACAUGUAUUAUUCUUAUUGUUAUGAUAAUAUUAGGUACCCUGUGCCACCUCCAGAAUGUGUUAUUGUUCAAUCAGAAAGAGACUUAUUUAAGGAUAGUGGAAGGCUUAGGCAGAAGAUGAAGUUUGGUGGCAGCCACAGCCACCGGAAACACCGCCCUGGACGGAGCUCUAGGCGGCGGAAUAGGGCUGCUGGUGGUGGUUCAUCAAAGUCUGGCCAAGCUGCUGCAAUGUAAUAAAUUGUAAAUUGUACGAGGGGUAAUUAUUGGGUGUGAAAAUUUCUCUACUCCUAUAGAUGGUGUAUCAAGGAAAUUAGCAUAGACAUGAGUGGUAUAGAUAUCAAUGUGGUGGUAAUUGGGUGAAUAUUAAAAACUGUGUCCACAUAUAUUUUUCUUUAUAAUGGUUUCUUCACUA